AUGUACCACAGAAAUCUUACGCAUUUAAACCCCUACGAGUUACACAAACAUCUCAUCAAUGAAUAUAUGCUGACAAAACCGGGAGCUACAAGGUUGCUUCAACGCGACACUUCGCGGGAUAAAACCGACCACGAUGUAGUACGUGAAAAUCAUCGAUUUCUUUGGGCGAACGAAACCGUGGACAGCUGGGAGAAACAAUUGGCGAAGAAAUAUUACGACAAACUGUUUAAGGAGUACUGCAUUGCAGAUCUCAGUCGUUACAAGGAAAACAAGGUUGCUAUGCGAUGGAGAAUUGAAAAGGAAGUAGUCGUUGGAAAAGGUCAAUUCGUCUGCGGUGAUCGAAACUGUGAAUUGCAGAAUGAGCUGCGCAGUUGGGAAGUAAAUUUCGGUUAUAUGGAACAUGGACAGAAAAAGAACGCUUUGGUUAAACUGCGUCUCUGUCCGAAAUGUUCUGAUAAAUUAAAUUACCAUUCCAAAAAGCGAGAAAUUAAACGGUUAAAGAAACGGGAUCGGAAUACGAAGCAAUCUGUCAAUAAAAAGGCGUGCGAUAGCUCUACUGGUAAUCUGAAGGGCACUACAACACUAGAAGGGAGCGAUCAAGCAACCGAUAACGACAAAGCAGAAGAACAUGAUUUAUCCGAAACUGCGGUCGAAAUAAAUUACCGGACAGAACCUGAUGUCACAGAAGGUAGCUGGACAAAAGGAUGCGAGGUGGAAGAGAAAUCUCGUGAAGAAGAAUUCGACGAAUAUCUGGAAGACCUAUUGCUGUGAACGAUCCAUUAUCUUUGCGAUAAAAUAACUGAGAACUGUACAAUAAAACUCAAAAUAAUU